CAACUGGAACGCGUGUUCCUUCGCCUGGGCCACGCAGAGACAGAUGAGCAGCUCCAGGACGUUAUUUCCAAGUUCCUGCCCCCUGUCCUUCUCAAACUCUCCAGCGUUCAGGAGGGUGUGAGAAAGAAGGUCAUGGAGUUGUUGGUCCACCUGAAUAAGAGGAUAAAAAGCCGACCAAAGAUUCAGCUGCCAGUAGAAACUUUGCUGGUGCAGUAUCAGGACCCAGCAGCCGCUUCCUUCGUCACAAACUUCACCAUCAUCUACAUUAAAAUGGGUUACCCUCGCCUGGAGGUGGGAAAACAGUGCGAGUUGGCCCCGACCCUCCUCACUGCCAUGGAGGGGAAGCCGCAGCCACAGCAGGACAGCCUGAUGCACCUGCUGAUCCCCACUCUUUACCACAUGAAGUAUCCCGCAGACGCGUCCAAAAGCACCUCUUCUUUCAACCUGUCUGAGCGGCCAAAGACGGUGCACCUGCUGCUGGAGUUCAUGCUGGAUGUUUUACUCAUGCCUUAUGGGUUUGUGCUAAACGAGUCUCCCACUCGGCCUGCGCCCUCCCCCACCGCCCAGGGAGGUUCUGCAGAUGGGGCGGUGGCUGCCAGUGGGCAGGGUCUCCCCCAGCCUCCCCCCGGGAUGAGCGUGUAUGCUGUGAAGAGGGUGAUUGGAGAGGCCCAGUGGAACGCUGAGCAGCUGGAGCAGUGCAAGCUGGGCAUCGUGAAGUUCAUCGAGGCGAAACAGGUCCCGGAAGUGGAGACAGUGGUGCACCUGGUGGUGGCGUCGAGCGACACCAGGCACAGCGUGGCCACCGCCGCCGACCUGGAGCUGAAGAGCAAACAGAGCAUCAUUGACUGGAACAAUCCUCUGAUUAUCAACAAGAUGUUCAGGGUGUAUCUGGGAGACGUGCCUCUGAAAACAAAGGGUGGCGGUAUGAAACAGGAGCUGAAACACGAGCCAGUCAGCACCAGGGUCAAAAUGAAGAUCCUGCCGCAUCUGCUCCGGUCCCGUCUGGCCGCGGAGUGCUUUCCUGCCAACAUUCAGGUGGUCUACGACGGCCUGUUCGGUGCCAACACCAACAACAAGCUGCUGUCUCUCACCUUACAGUUUGUCCAUCACAUCUGCAUGGUGUGCCCUGACACCAAUAAGCCUUUGGGACUGAUGUUGCUCAAUGGUCUCACCAAGCUCAUCAACGAAUACAAGGAGGAUCCAAAGCUGCUGUGCGUCGCGUACUCUGCCGUCGGGAAGCUGUCAAGCCGCAUGCCGCAGCUCUUCACAAAGGACAUCGCACUCGUGCAGCAGUUCUUUGAGUCCAUGUGCAAGGAGGAAGCCGACGUCCGCCUCGCCAUUCAGGAGGCCCUGUCAAUGAUGGUCGGAGCUUAUGCUAACCUGCAGGGGGCGCUGCUGAAUCUGAUGGAGGCUCUGGUGGCUGCAUACAUUGGAAAGCCGGAGGUGCAAGUUCGACAGGUGGCCAUGAAGUUUGCCAGCACGGUGUUCGGUUCAGACCACGUGCCCACGAGAUACCUGCUGCUGCUGGCCGCAGGAGACCCACGGGAAGAAGUGUCUGCAGAGGCUCAGAAGGUGCUGAGGGCUUUCCCCGCCAAGAGCUCAGAGAAGGAGGGACCCAAGCCGAUGCCCUCUUUUCCUGAAAUGGUUGCCUAUGUCCAGGAGAAAGCGGCUCAGAGGAUUAAGACUCCUGCCAAGUACAUAGUUGGAACCUCCACAAUUCCUUUCAACCCAUCUGCAUUCGGGGAGAUCAUACUCUACCUGAGGAUGUGCUUGGCCCACAGUGCGGGGGCCACACCCAUGUCCACCCGCCUGUCGGACAUGCAGGACGACGCUCCCACCAUCGGCCGCUACGUCCACACGCUGCUGUCUUCCGAGCCGCAGCCCUCUGGGUCAAAGGGCUCCGAGGCCAACCCUGUGCACGUUUACAUGGACCUCAUGCAGCAGCUGCUGUCUGCUGUCGGGGGUAUUCCUGUCAUGUACUGUUUACUGGAGGUGGUGUCAGUGUGUCCAGAGAAACUGGCCACCAGGUUUGCUGACAAGAUCGACUGGAUUAAAAGUCUGAUGAACACAAACAAGGAGGACAUGAGGGAGCUUGCAGCCCAGCUGUAUGCUGUAGUGAUUUCCACCAUGACUGGCAAUGAGCUUCAGACGGCCGUGCAGAACCUUGUCAAAAUCACCAAAGACAACCACAGUCCUGAGACGCAGCACGGCGCCAUUUUGGCUCUCGGUUACAUGGUGGGAAGAAACAUGAGCAGAAAGAGAGCCAUGAGCCCGUGUAACCGAGGCAAAGGGCAGCAAAUGAGCAUCACCACCCAGGACGACGAUGAACCUGCCUCCAAGGCCACCAAGACCAUCGGCUCCUUUCUGGACAGCAGCAGUGCGCUGCUGGCCGUGGCAGCCUGUACAGCUCUGGGGGAAAUUGGGCGGAAUGGCCCCCUGCUGAUCCCCGCAGAGGGGGAGGGCUUCACAAAACUCUCCAUCGUGGAAAACCUGCUGGCUCGAAUCCCCUCUGGCAAGGAGAGCACAAAGAUGAAGGAGCGCUCCAUCAUGACCUUGGGUUAUCUAGCAGUGGGGGACGCAGACUUCCCGCACCAGAAGAAGCUGCUGCAGGGGCUCAUGGACUCCGUGGAGGCCAAACAGGUGGAGCUGCAGUUCACAGUUGGGGAGGCCAUCACCAGUGCCGCCAUAGGAACUGGCUCUGGAGCAGCCAGAGACCCAUGGACCUGCACGGAGGACCAGUACAACCCGCCACUCGAUGUUAAAAACAAUGAUGUGGUCCCCUGGGUCCUCAACUCCAUCCUGUCUAAAUACAUACCCAGCCAAAACCCUCACGUCCGACAGGCCGCCUGCAUCUGGCUGCUCUCCCUCGUCAAGAAACUCGCUCAGCACAAGGAAAUCACUUCCCAUCUCAAGGAGAUCCAGAACGCAUUUAUCUCUGUUCUCUCUGACCCUGACGAGCUGAGUCAGGAUGUGGCGUCCAAAGGCCUCGGACUCGUCUAUGAGAUGGGAGAUGAGGGCGAUCAGCAGGAGCUGGUGUCCACUCUGGUGGAAACCCUCAUGACUGGCAAAAGGCGAGUCGACGGCAAUUUUGUCUUUUCAAGCAGGGUGAGGCACGCAGUCUCCGAGGAUACGGAGGUGUUCCAGGGGGAAGGUUUGGGAAAAACUCCUGACGGCCACGGCCUGUCUACGUACAAGGAGCUCUGCUCAUUGGCCAGCGACCUGAACCAGCCAGAUCUCGUAUACAAAUUCAUGAACCUGGCCAAUCAUCAUGCAAUGUGGAACUCACGGAAGGGAGCAGCUUUUGGCUUCCACAUGAUCGCAGCCAAGGCCGGGGAGCAGCUGGCUCCGUUCCUGCCCCAGUUAGUGCCUCGUCUGUACCGCUAUCAGUUCGACCCCAACCUGAGCAUUCGCCAGGCCAUGACCAGCAUUUGGGAUGCUCUGGUCACGGACAAGACCCUGGUGGAUAAGUAUCUGAAGGAGAUCCUGAGGGAUGUCAUUUCUAAUUUGACCAGCAGCGCCUGGAGAGUUCGUGAGUCCAGCUGCCUUGCUCUGAGCGACCUGAUUCGUGGGCGUCAAGCGGACGACCUCAUCGAUCAUCUGGCCGAAAUCUGGGAGACGCUGUUCAGAGUUCUCGACGACAUCAAGGAGUCUGUGAGAAAGGCUGCAGAUUUAACCCUGAAGACGCUCAGUAAGGUGUGUAUUCGCAUGUGCGAGUCCACGGGCGCUGCAGCCCAGAGAGCGGUGGCGGUGGUGUUGCCCACUCUGCUGGAAAAAGGCAUCGUCAGCAGCGUGUCGGAGGUUCGCUCUCUCAGUAUCCAGACCCUGGUGAAGAUCAGCAAGACCGCCGGCGCCAGACUAAAGCCUCACGCUUCCCGCUUGAUCCCAGCCCUGUUGGAGGCCCUCAGCACACUGGAGCCCCAGGUCCUCAACUACCUCAGCCUCAGAGCCACAGAGCAGGAGAAGAGCGCCAUGGACGCCGCCCGGCUGAGCGCCGCCAAGUCGUCUCCGAUGAUGGAGACAAUCAACAUGUGUUUGCAGCAUCUUGAUGUUUCUGUGCUGGGAGAGCUGGUUCCCCGCCUAUGUGAGCUGCUCAAAAGCGGAAUAGGACUGGGCACCAAGUUCUGUUUUAAAGUUUUCAUUCCUGACUCUCGUUUUCAGGGAGGCUGCGCGAGUGUCAUAGUUUCCCUCACAGUGCAGUGUCCCCAGGACCUCAGCCCAUACUCAGGUAAACUGAUGAGUGCCCUGCUGACCGGCAUCCAUGACAGAAGCACCGUGGUGCAGAAAGCAUUUGCCUUUGCUUUGGGACACCUCGUCCGGACGGCCAAAGACAGCAGUGUAGAGAAACUACUACUGAAGCUCAGCAGCUGGUACUUGGAGAAAGAGGAACCCGUUUACAAGUCGUCCUGUGCGCUGACCUUGCACGCCAUCAGUCACUACAGCCCCGACGUGCUGAAGGGACACGCCGGAGUGGCGCUGCCGCUGGCCUUCCUCGGCAUGCACCAGGCGGCGGGUCCGGACGAGGAGAAGGGGGAAAGCCACGACGCCACGCUGUGGGCCGAGGUGUGGCAGGAGAACGUUCCAGGAAGCUUUGGGGGCAUCCGCCUAUACAUGACGGAGCUGAUCAGCAUCACCCAAAAAGCCCUGCAGUCCCAGUCCUGGAAGAUGAAGGCACAGGGGGCAGCUGCCAUGGCAACCGUCGCCAAGGAACAAACGGGCUCCCUGGUGGCGCCGCACCUGGGCCUGGUGCUGACGGCUUUGAUGCAGGGCUUGUCUGGACGCACGUGGGCCGGCAAGGAGGAGCUGUUAAAAGCCAUCGGAUCGGUGGUGUCCAAGUGCAGCUCCGAGCUGCAGAAGCCGUGCGGCGGACAGCCGACCGUGCCUGAGGUGCUGGACGUUGUGCUGAAGGAAUGCCGCAAAGAAAAUCUGACCUACAAAAUCGCCGCCCUGCGCUGCGCAGGAGACGUGCUCAGCAGCAGCAAAGAGGACCGGUUCAGCGACAUGGCCGAGAUCCUCUUCCCCUUGAUCAAGAAGAGCUGCCCAGAGAGCGGCGGUGCGGCGUCCCGGUCCCUGCGCGACGAUGAUGACGACGACAAGACCACAAAAGAGAAGGAGCUGCAGACCGAGGCUCUGCUUUGUGCUUUUGAGACUCUGGGAAAGUCCUGGCCCCGAAACCCUCAGACUCAGGCUCAUUUCCAGGUGGAGGUGUGCGGCUUGAUGUCUGGGAAGCUCCAACUGAGCACGUGGAAAGUCCAGCUCGCUGUCCUACAGGCCAUGAAGCCCUAUUUUGAGGGGUUGUUGCUGCUAGAAAAGGGGAAUGAAGAUGUGAAUGCACUGUCACAGAUUCUCACAGAGACCUGUGCCGCCCUGACAUAUCCUUUAGAAAACAAAAGUUACUCCUCUGUGAGGACGGAGGCCUUGUCGGUCGUGGAUCUGAUCGUCAAGAGAACAGCGGAGAGCGAGCAGUGGGACUGCAUGUCCGCCAAGAGCCGGGAGCAGCUGCAGCGCUCCCUGUCCACGCUGCAGUCCGACAGCCGGCCUGACCUGCGGGACAAGGCGCAGGAGCUGCGGCGGCGUAUCCAGAGCCAGCCCUGA